CCGGUACCGGUCCGUGGCCCGGGGAACCGCUGGUUUAAAUGCAGGCAGUGGGUGGAUAUAUCUUCCACCGUCCUGCCGGUAGAUGGGGGCAGUCAAAGUCCCACACUGUGCUGAAGACUUCGGUAAAGUUUUGGACCACCCCGGAUAGCCCGGGAGAGGUUUCCUAUUGGUCUGCCAAUGAGAGAGGUGUCAAAUGUCCCAUGGAGCAGUAAACUUCUCAUGAUCAAAAGUGGAGCUUUCGAAUGGCCUUUUAAUUAAUGAAUGGGGUGGAUUGCCGCAGUGCAGAAAACGUGUGAUUUAUUAUGCAGACAGGGGAUUAUACAGAAGUUUCCUUCAGCUCUGACAACUUUUUCGAACUCGCUGGGGUUUUUUCCCCCCUUUAUUCUUGCUCCAGAAAUCACCCAAACUGAACAAUGUCGCAGUCUGAGCAGAAAGAAACGUCGGAGCAGGGAGCACAGAGCUCUGGACGCGAGCAGAGCGACGUGUUGGUGAAUCCCAGAGCGGUGUGUAAGGUGUGUAAGCGCCUGUACCGGGACCCUAAAAUCCUGCCGUGUCUGCACACGUUCUGCUCUGACUGCAUCGCUCAGCUGGAGCCGUUUUCGGUGUCUUCACGUAUCCAACGGGAUGUUCCGGAGGGCGGUAAGCGGGACAAACCACUGGAGGCAGACCGACCCGCCGUCACUAUCACGGUGCUCUGCCCUGACUGUGACUCAGAGGUAGACCUCCCUCCGUCCGGGCCCGUCGGGCUGAGUACCGACCACUUAGCGCUGGACGAAGUAUUCGUGGAGACCCUGGAAACGGACGGCCCGCUGGGAUGCGACCUGUGCGGAGAAGGAGGUGCUGAGAGCCGCUGCGAGGUGUGCUCCGUCAACCUGUGCGAGUUCUGCUGCCAAGCGCAUAGACGGCAGAAGCGAACAGCAUCUCACUCCAUUCAGGCUUUGGAGGAGCUGAAGGCUUGUGGUCAUCUGGUCCGGCCUGUCCUCUGCACCCUGCACCCGGGACAGGAGCUGCGGCUUUUCUGUCAGCCCUGCGACCUGCCCGUCUGCCUGGAGUGUGCCGCCACGCUGCACCGCGACCACCGCUGCUGCCCCACACGUGAUGUUAUCGAUCGCCAUGGGGACCGCAUCAGAGAGCUGGUUAACGUGCACCUUCGACCCCGGCUCGAGCGACUGGAGGAGUCACUGCAGAAGGUGGAAGCAUCUCAGGAGACUUUGCAGGCACGAGUUGAGGCCACAGCCAGUGAGGUGAGGGCAUUCGCACGAGGUUACGCCAGCGCAGUGGAGGCCCACUGUCUGUCUCUGCUGCGGCGUCUGGAGGAGCUCCGAGUCCAACGGAGGAACCACCUCCACUUACAGGGGGUGCAGCUUCAGCAGGCUCUGCUGGACAUCCGAGGCAGUGUGGAGUUCGCAGAGCGGCUCCUGAGUUGUGGGUCUGACGCUGAGAUCCUCAGUGCCAAAGGAGUGACCUUGAGAAGACUCACCAGCCUGGCAGAGAGGGGUUAUGACCCCCACCCAGCAACUGUUGCCCCUGACGAUGGCAGCAGUAUAUCCUUCAUGCCCAGGGAACCCGCAGGGGAGGUGGAGGGCUACCCUGUGGUCGGGGUAAUCAACUCUAAGACGGUGGAUGUCAGCAGGUGCACCAUUGAAGGAGAAGGCCUGCAGGAAGGCACGGAGGGCCAGCUGGGCCACUUCACCCUGGUGUGCCGAGACUCAGCUGGAGAACAGUUGGCGCGAGGUGGAGAGCACGUCCUCGUGAGCGUCGUUCACACAGAGAAGAAAAACUGUAAAGUGGAGACAACUGUGACUGACAACAGUGACGGGUCCUACAGUGUGUCAUACACACCACAGCAGCCAGGAGCGUACUCUGUGUGGGUUUGUGUCAAAGCCCAACAUGUCAAGGGCUCUCCAUUUGUUCUGAAUGUGAAGAGGAAGUUCAGGCGUCACAGAGGGACGUUUCACUGCUGCUCCUUCUGCUCCAGCGGAGGAGCCAAAGAGGCUCGCUGUGGCUGCCCGGGAACCAUGCCAGGAGGAUUUAAAGGCUGCGGUCAUGGUCAUAAAGGACAUCCCGGGAAGCCUCACUGGUCUUGCUGUGGCAGCACCACGGAGCAGUCGGAGUGUUUGCCCCAGAGCGUGCUGGCUGCCGUUUCCCCUCGCAGCCACCUGCGAACUGUGGAGCUCUGAGGCGACGCAGAGCCGAGACCUGUCAGGACGAUGCGGUUUCAUAAAAAGAUGGCAGAAAUGGAAAGGUUAGAGCUGCUGGGAAGUAACCUUGAGGUUGUCGGCGUAAACCUUGGACCAACUUGAAAAGGUCAGACAAGGGAAGUGAAAGUAACCUAGUGAGGCAGGACAUCAGAGUCACUGCAUGUCGGGCUUAAUGUGAUACAGUAUCCAGCCAGCUGCUAGAGACUAACAGUCCUCUGUGUAGUCCACAUUGUAAAAGUGCCUUUAUGUGUUGGCUUAUCAUGCUCAUGCUGGAGGAGAAAGGAGAAAGAAGAAGCAUCGAUCACAGCAGGACAGAAAUGUGCUUAAAGCCUUGCUGAAAGGAAGCGGAGCAACAGCUGACAGUUUACAAGUUUUUAACCUUUUAAUCAGCUCGGAAGUUCUGAGGUGCUAAAAUAAAUUUUUGAUUCAUGAUUUUAAUGGUCAGUAAAAAGAACAGCCAGAAUCAACAGAUUGUGGAAUAUUUUAUGUCUUUUUAUAUCAAACAGUCAGAGGAAGUAAUCCUAAAUAUACUUUCGUAAAUAUAGCCAUGGUACACCACCACUCCCUACAUGGCACCUUGCCUGUGUAGACAGCAAAAAAUGACUGUAAUGCUAUUUUUCCCCC